AUGGCGUCCCAAAACAAGCGGAUCGCAAAGGAACUCGCAGAGUGCACCACCUCCCCACCAGCCGGUAUCACCAUCACCCUCCCCAACGACUCCGACCUCCACCGCUGGCACGUCACGCUCGCCGGGCCCGACAACACCGUCUACGCCGGCGGGCAAUUCGGUCUCAUCGUCACCCUCCCCGUCGACUACCCCUUCCGCGCUCCCGUAGUAACCUUCGCGACCCGCAUCUACCACCCCAACGUAACCAACGACAGCCUGGGCAACGUAUGCUUAGGCCCGCUGAAGGCAGAGAACUGGAAGCCGUCGACAAGGCUGGCGGGCGUGUUGGAGGCUGUGCGGGCGUUGUUGGUUGAGCCGCAGCCGGAUGAUCCGUUGGAGGCGCGGAUUGCGGAUGAGUUUCGGCAGGAUAGGGCGGAGUUUGAGAAGAAUGCAAGGGCGUAUGUGGUACGGUAUGCGAAGGGGCCGGUGAAGUUUGAUGCGGCUGUUGGUGCUGCGGCGGCGGGGGCGGAGGCUGCUGGGGGGGCGGCGACUGGUGCUGCUGUUGUGAGGCCUUAG